GUCUGAGUCUUUCAGACAAAAAGGUGGAUUUUUUGUUCGUCUCUUAGACUUUCAUUUAUCAAUGAAUCUUCUCGCAGUAUUAGUUUGUGUUUUAGUGCAAUCUGUGCUUGCUCAGAGGUAUCCGCAUCCGGUGUGCGCUCCUCACUUCCAGUAUGUCCAUCUAAAUUCAAAACUUGGCUGGGUGGGCCUUGGAUCAACAACAUAUUUGGAGUCUUCCUCACUACAUAACAUCACAUUGGAAGUGACUUAUGCGACUGUUGAAUUGGAGGAUUACUCAAAUUUGGGUGAAUUGGAGAUCACACAUUUUCAUCAGCUAAGAACAUUCAAAACUGAUGAAAGGCAAUGGAAUGUGCUAUAUAUUGUAAAGUUCUCCACUCAGAAUCCUAUUCCUGACGUCAUUAAAACUGUCUUAAAUGGUGUUACUCUUUGUGAGGAUAAAGAAAGAGCCUUAUCCUCUCAGAAGCCAGUACAUAUAAGACUUCAAUUAACCUACAAUGGCUUCACAAAUCAGCAGAAAUUUAUUGCAAAAGUUUUAACGGAACCUCAACAUACUUCUACAACUACAAAAGCUCCUCCAAGUGAAAAUCAAAUACUGGAGAUGUCUGGACCAUUUACAGUACGACAGUUGACCAAUAGAAAAGUUUUCCUCUCAAAAGAGUGGCUCAAUUGGUAUGAAGCCAAGGAAUUCUGCCAUAAUCACAAUUUGACACUAGCGACAAUCAGAUCAGAAAUGGAGGAUAAGGAAUUGAAUAAGUUUCACAGGGAUGCACUCCCAGGUGAUGGUGACAGAGGAUUUUGGAUAUGGAUUGGAGGCAGCAAAUUGACAGGAGAUUGGCUUUGGUUAGGCAAAGAUCCAAUAACUUACUUUAAUUGGGGUGUGGGUGAGCCAAAUAAUCAAUCAGACAAUGAAUCCUGCCUCAUGGUUUGGGUUAAAUACAACAAUGAUACGUGGAAUGAUAGCAUCUGCAAGGUAGCGUUGCCAUUUGUUUGUGAAAAGAGAAAUUAAUAAUAAAAUCUAUGAUAUUGAACAUGAA